UUGCGAUUACAGAGCUAGGUAGUAGGUUUAGGAGUGGCAACAGGGCAGGACGACGACCAAGAGGUAGCGGUAUUCGAGGGCCGCAUUCUGCGUUGACAGAUUUCCUGGCUGUGAGUAUAACCUGGGCUGCUGUACACAUUAUGAAUUCGUACAGUAUCGAUUUUUAUUGCAAUCGAGGUCAUGAGCUGCGAUUCCCUCCUCGAAGCUUAGCCGCAUCAGCAUCCCAUAAGCUACAUGAACCAGUAAUUAAUUUGAUGAUUGCAGGCCAACAACAUCUCUGCCCAAGAAAUUCGUGACUCGUACCGCGACCGAGUACAACGAGCCGAGCAAGAUGCCGCAGCAGCAGCCGACAACGGCGAGGGACCUUCAAAUGCUGGCGAGGAUGUCGAAGAAGAUCUGCAAGCCGAGUCAUCUGCCAUGGCCGCCGAGCGAUCCCGCAAGCGCAAACGGAACCAAGACGAAGCCAUUGCGAAAAUAAAGAAGGGCAAGGAAGCCAAGAAGAAGACGUCAAAGAAGAAGAAGGGUCCAGACGACGAAUCAGACGAAGACUUCAUGGACAUGUACAAAAAGGCGAAGAAGCUGCCAGGACAGCUUGAGAACUGCGAGCUAUGCGAUAAGCGAUUUACGGUCACACCAUACAGCCAGGCUGGUCCCAACGGCGGCCUCCUUUGUACGCCUUGCGGCAAAGAGCUAAAGAAGGAAGUGAAGGCACAAGAGAAGGCAAAGAAGCCCGUCGUCCGCAAGGGCCGUAGAAAGAUCGAGAGCAAUCGCCUGGACGGACUGACUGUGAGAGGAACAAAGUCAUUGCAACAGCUGUGUAUCGAGAAGCUUGCGAAGCACUCCGAGGACAUCGAUGAGCUGGGCGAAAUGCCCGAGAACAUUAUGAACAAGAUUAGCGAGAUCUUUUCGAAGAAGCGCGCGAUGAACUCGACAACCAUGAAGCUGUUCCUUCAGCCGGACAUGGACACUGUGGCUGUCCACGAGGCAGCUCUACUGGAGACAGAGGACUACGAUCAGAUCUUCGCAGUCUGUCCCACCGUCAAGAAGGUGGCCCUUCGCAAUUGCUGUCAAUUCAAGGACAGCAAUGUCGAUUACAUGAUCGAGAAAGCAAAGUCGCUGGUUGACAUACAGCUGCUGGGCGCCAACCUCGUUGCAAACGACAAGUGGAUUGAGCUCUUCAUUGCACGCGGCCAAGAUCUCAGGUCUCUGAAGCUUGAGUGGCUGGAUGCCGCGUUCGACGACCAGGCUGUUGAAGCUCUCACCACAUUCUGUCCGAACAUUGAGCGUCUCAAGCUUGAGCGGUGUAAGAAGCUCGGCGUUGACAGCAUCGAUGCAAUUGCUCGACUGGAACAGCUCGAGCAUCUUACGCUACGGUUCUACGAACAGGUCCCACGCGAAAAGCUCAUCCACCUGAUCACAUCUGUCGGGGCUCACCUGCGCACGCUCUGUUUGGAGCACUUCCUCGACAACAACAGCGACCCUACAGACGACGUUCUCGACGCCAUCCACAAGACCUGUCGACACCUCAGCAAGUUCCGGUUCAGCGAGAACCACGAAUGCACCGACGACGGCUACGUCAACCUCUUCACCAACUGGUCAAACCCUCCCCUCCGCUACAUCGACGUGAACAGCCUGCGCGACCUCGACAACAGCAACCCCGAGGGCCCCGAAGAUUAUCCCAUCGGUCUCGCAUCCGGCGGCUUCCAGGCACUCAUGGCACACUCGGGCUCCCGUCUCGAGUACAUGGACAUCUCGUCCUGCCGGCACAUCUCCCACGCGACCUUUACCGACAUCUUCGACGGCACAAAGCAGUACCCGUACCUCCGCGAGAUCAACCUGUCCUUCUGUCCUGUCGUCGACACACAGAUCAUCGCCGGCAUCUUCCGCUGCUGCCCACAGCUCCAGAAGGUGGUGACGUUUGGUUGCUUCCAGGUCGCGGAUGUGGUUGUGCCGAGGGGUAUAGUGCUGAUUGGGGCGCCGAAGGCGCAGGACCAGAUCGAGCAGUUUGGUGACACGGUUAUGGAGUUCCAGGAGGAGAUGCAGAGGGAGAUGGAUCAGAUGCGGGCGGCGGGACGGCUGGUGCCGAUGGCGGCUUAGGUGGAUGAGGAGAAGUGAUGAGGAGAAGUGAUGAGGAGAAGUGAUGAGGAGAAGUGAUGAGGAGAAGUGAUGAGGAGUUCAUGGGAUGGGUGCGGCGUUUGGUACAGAUAUCGUGGGGUUACAGAUUUAUAGAUUGGCGCUUA